AUGGACAAUAGGAUCUCUGGGAGUAUCCCUGCGGACAUCGGCAAUCUGGUUGGUCUGGAAGUGCUUGGGAUAGCAAAUACCUCCAUAUCCGGAGUGAUUCCAGAGAGCAUCGGUAAGCUAGAGAACUUGGUCGAGCUAGGCCUGUACAACAAUAGCUUGUCUGGGCUCAUACCGUCAUCGCUAGGAAACCUUUCACAGUUAAAUAGGCUUUAUGCAUAUUAUGGCAACUUGGAGGGGCCAAUUCCGGCAAGCCUAGGAGCGUUGGAAAACCUCUUUGUUCUUGAUCUGUCAAAGAAUUACCAUCUUAACGGUUCAAUACCCACAGAGAUUUUCAAAUUACCCAGCCUUUCUUGGUAUUUGGACUUGUCACACAAUUCCCUUUCUGGUCCCCUUCCUAUUGAAGUUGGUGGUUUGGCAGAUCUUAACCGACUGACUCUAUCGGGAAACCGGUUGUCUGGCAAGAUACCUGAUAGUAUUCAGAACUGCUUAGUGUUGGAAUGGCUAUCAUUGGACAACAAUUCGUUCGAGGGAAGCGUAUCUCCGUCACUGAGAAAUAUAAAGGGGCUCAGAGUAUUGAACCUGACCAUGAAUAGGUUCUCUGGUAAUAUUCCUGAUGCCCUUGGCAAUAUUGGAAACCUGCGGGAACUGUACAUAGCACACAACAACUUCUCAGGGUCGAUCCCAUCAGUCCUACAGAAUUUGACAUCACUGUCUGAACUGGAUAUAUCCUUCAAUAAUUUGCAUGGUGAGGUGCCAGAUGAAGGUGUUUUCAGAAACAUCACUUACUUAGCGGUUGUUGGGAAUGUUAAUCUGUGUGGUGGCGCACCUCAACUUCACUUGGCUCCAUGCCCCACAAGUCCCUCAAGCAAGAACAGAAUAAGGAUGCCAAAGUCUCUUGUAGUUUCUCUAGCAACAGCUGGAGCAAUCUUGCUGCCACUUUCAGUCAUUCUUCUUCUUUGGAUAUUUUGCAAGAAGCUCGAACCAAGCCAGAAGACAUUAGCACACAAUGCAACUGUUGAUGACCAUUACAAGAGAAUCCCAUAUCAUGCAUUAUUGAGGGGAACCAAUGGAUUUUCAAUAGCCAACUUGCUUGGGAGAGGAAGUUAUGGUGCGGUUUAUAAGUGUGUUUUGGACACUGAUGAAGAUAGAACAUUUGCUGUCAAGGUAUUUAAUCUUGGUCAAUCUAGGUAUUCCAAGAGUUUUGAGGUUCAAUGUGAGGCCAUGAGAAGGAUACGACACCGUUGUCUCAUUAAGAUCAUUACUUCUUGUUCGAGUGUCAACCACCAAGGUCAAGAGUUCAAGGCAUUAGUUUUUGAGUUCAUGCCCAAUGGUAACUUGGAUGGUUGGCUUCAUCCAAAAUCUCAAGAACUCACUACAAACAACACGCUUAGCCUUGCACAGAGGCUUGAUAUUGCUGCUAAUAUUGUGGACGCAAUAGAAUAUCUGCACAACUACUGUCAACCAUUGGUAAUCCAUUGCGAUCUUAAGCCGAGCAACAUUCUUCUUGCUGGAGACAUGAGUGCACGAGUUGGAGACUUUGGCAUAUCAAGGAUCCUUCAAGAAAAUACAAGCGAGGGGAUGCAAAGUUCAUAUAGCUCAACUGGAAUUAGAGGUUCCAUAGGCUAUGUUGCUCCAGGUGACCGAAAUUCUUCUAAUUUUAUAUUGUCCUUUUCACUCGAAUAUGGCAUGCUAACCAGAAAGCUUUGCAUAAUUGUAGAGUAUGGAGAAGGCUCUGCGGUCUCAACAGCCGGUGAUAUUUAUAGCCUUGGCAUACUGCUACUUGAGAUGUUUACCGGAAGGAGCCCAACAGAAGCAACAUUCAGAGAUUCAUUGGGUCUGCAUAAGUUUGCUGAGGAUGCUCUUCCAGAUAGAAGCUUGGAGAUAGCUGACCCAACAAUGUGGCUGCACAACGGACAACCUGAUAACAGUACAAGUAUUAGAAUCCAGGAGUUACUGGUUUCAGUCUUCAGGCUUGGCAUAUCCUGCUCACCUCAAGUUUAUAGGGGGGCAUGGAGCAGAAAAAGAAGCCUCGACUCAAGAAAUCCAGAAUAG